UGGCAAUAACACGGUUUCGUAGUACCCGUUCGAUAACAGUACAUAAAUUGUGAAACUGCGUCCACUUUUAUUUGUUCUAAAGCGGUCAUUUUACCACGUACUUAUAUUACUGGUAAAUAAUCUCAUUAGUUUGGCUAAGGCUAGUUUUCAUUCUGUGCCUUGAAAAGCAAGAGACAUAUUAAAAUAUAUCUGCGAGAUUCCAACCUAGAUGUAAAAUCAAUCACAAGAGAGCAAGCGCAGUGAUCGAUUUUCGUUCAUUAUUUUAUAAGGAGCACAACGUUUUGAUUUACUUUGACCUUUUUAAAUUUUAGUAAAACAACAUAAAAACGAUACUUAUAGUAUAUAUUAUUAUCAUUAUUUCAACCAGGAUUUGAGGAAUUAAUGAAUCAUGCCCGCCUCGCCUCGUCUAUAAGUUGUAUGGUGUCCGGCCGGGGCUGUGUGUUGCGCUGUGCGAUGCGCAGUGCGUGGCCCGUGCUGCUGAUGGUCGCGAUCUGCGUCGUGCAAACUCGGCGCAUAUAUCAAGGUGUUGAGGACCGCAACAAUGAAUACCCUUUCGUCGUCGCAUUGCUGCGCGUCUUCAAAGUAAGGAUUUGCUCGGGCACAGCUAUACACGAGAGGUGGGUACUCACCACUGCCCAUUGUAAUCGCGCAAUUUACAUACAAUACGGUGACAUGUCUAUACCUCGUCUCAAUAUAACUAAGUUGAGUGCUGUACUCAAAUUUCUAGUGCAUCCGAACUUUCAAGAGUACAACUACUUUCCAAAACAUGUGCGCAUGUACAAUGACCUCGGACUGUUGUUUGUGGAAAAACUACCGCUUGAAUUUGUACCAAUGUCCGGGCUUGACUACACAGCUAUGAGGGGAAUUCCCGUGACGUACGUGGGUCUCGGGGUUAGCAACAGAAGUCAGAAGCUGGAUUAUGAUAUAAUGGAGGUCCGGCAAAUAGGGCAAGGAGUCGUCUCCUCGUGUAAGGACGUGGUUAAACACUUGUUUGCUUUUCCUAAGCUCUGCGUGUCCUCCCGGUGCAAGCUGCCGCAGUCCGCCUUGCCCGGCGACUCCGGCGGACCGCUAAUACUCGACGGGAAAAUAAUCGGGAUAACGAUCGCGAUUCUAUAUGAUCUAAGAAUAACAGUGUUCACACCCGUUAGUCCUUAUUUGACGUGGAUCACAACUUUAAUAAAAGAACACGAAAAGAAAUCAAACUAAAAGUUUCUGGCAUUCGUACAUAGCCUAGACAUACUAAACGAACAAAAAUUUUUUGUUGAUUGUUUUAUUAAUGAUUUACGAAAUAAUAACUGAAGUCAUUUAACUUAAGUUUCGCUGUUGAUCCUUUUCUUAGAUGUCGAGAGGUCCACUUAGUUUGAGGUUUGAUAUACUACGUAAAAUGUUAGACGCCGACGAUGUUACCGAAAGGAGAAACAAAAAAAAUAUAAAACUUACAUGAUACAUUACGGGAGUUUGAAAGAGUUU